AUGCGCGGACCCUCGUUGCUCCUUCCUGCGCUCUUCGCGGCCCAUGUAUCCGCCCAGGUGACGGUUUACAAGCCUCUUCAGCAGGUCAUCUUCAAUGGUGUAUCCUCCGCCGCCUCCUCUACCGUCACUGCUGCCGCCGCUUCGUACACUGGUGCGGCCGCGUACAACACGACCCAGCUCCAACCUCCUGCUGUCCCGAAUCCGGCGAUCAAUACAACCAUCGACGUCGCACUGACUUCUGGCGCGCUACCUGUCAUGUCUCUGGCCCAGAGCGGCGCCUUCUUUGGUUUCAGUAUCGAGAUGUCCGUUGUCAACCAGAUGCUUGGCAAGAACAGCUCUUUCAUUCAGGUCCCCUUCUUGAACCUGCUUUCCAACGUCGCCCAACGCGCCGGCUGGGUCCAAGUUCGUGUCGGAGGUAAUACGCAGGAGACGGCCGUUGUCGUCGACACUCUACCGGACGGCAAGAUACUGCAGAAGGAUGUCGACGGCGCCUCUUCUCCGUCGGCCACCCCGCCGUUGGACAUCACACCUGACAUGUUCUACCUCAUGGCCAACAUCUCCACAUUCGUCAACGCCCGCUGGUGGUCCGGACUGCCCUUCUUCAACACUACGCCGUUCGACCUCACUGUUGUCCAGGUUGCCCAGAGCAUCCUCGGUGAUAAGCUCCUAGGCAUGCAAGCUGCCAACGAGCCUGACCUCUAUGCGUCUCACGAUCACCGAAACGCGACGUAUCAACCUGCCGACUACGUUGGAGAGUUGUUCGAUCUCAACACGCAGAUGUCGGCGAAGGGCAUCGAUGCGACCAAUCUGCUUGUCGUUCCCAGCGUCUCAAGCGAUUGGACUGUGGAGCAAGUUCUCGACGCCGGGCUGUUGCAGAACAACGCGCAGAACGUCAAUACCCUCGCAGUUGAGCACUAUCCCGAGAACAACUGUGUCGCCGUCUUCGGAACAGAUGGUACAGCACUCGACCCUCAAACAGAGUUCCCCAACUACCUUGUUCACUCGAUGAGCACCGGCCUCAUCGCCAACUACGUGAACGCGUCAGCACAGGCGCAGCUGAACGGAAAGGGCUUGAUGCUCUUCGAGACGAACACCGCCUCCUGCGCCGGUUUCCCUGGGAUCUCGAACUCGUUCGGCGCAGCGCUCUGGGCGCUCGACUGGUCCUUCACCCUCGCUGCGAACAACUUCACGGGCGCUCUUUUCCAUUCUGGUGGACAGGGCGCAUACUACAACCCCUUCACGCCCCCGCCCACGAACCAGAGCUCCUUCCGCCAGUGGACCGUCGGCCCGGUCUACUACUCCGCGCUCGCUAUGGCUGAGGCCCUCGGUCCGCGCAACAAGUCCCAGGUCGCAGAUCUCAACCUCAACGGCGGCAACGUUUACACUCCCGGCUACCUCAUCGCGGAGGCCGGCGUCCCCACGAAGAUUGCGCUCAUCAACUUCAUCUCCGAUGCUACCGGCGCCCAGGCAUACACUGCGCAGAUCUCCGUCUCCGGCAUGAACCUUCAGAGUGUGAAGGUCAAGUACCUCCUUGCGGACUCCGUGGCGCAGAUUGGCAACUUCACUUGGGCGGGUCAGACCUUUGGUGUGCCGCUGUCAAGCGACGGACGACCGGAGGGCGACUUGAACGUCACGACCGUGCAGUGCGUUGCAGGGUCGUGCGCUGUGUACGUUCCCGCGCCCGCCUUCGCACUCGUCUUCUUGAACGACGACGACUACAACGAGGUCACACCCGCAAGCGCUAUCACCUUCUCAACCAGUACACAGACGCAGGUCAAGAACACGAUCACAGUCGACAUGGCGGCGCUCGAGACAAGUAACGGUCACGCGGGGCUUGCGAGCGCAGGGCUCGUGUCAAGUUUCAACUCCGCGAACAAGAGCGGCGCGUCCAGCGUUGCCGUUCCGCCUGCGCUCGGUGCGCUUGGCAUGGUCGCGCUCACCGCGCUUUGGUUCGCUGCGAGGGCACGAUAG